CGGAAUCUUCGCUUAGUCGUCUUCAUAGCUCACCACUAGCCUAAGUUCCGCUGUACUCCGAACACAAAGUGUGCAUGUACAUUUGCAGUUGCUGACAGCAGACUACGACCACGAGAGAAGUAAUCACGCAAAAAGAUGGAGGAAACUUCUGAUGUAAAAAUGUCGGAUGCUGCGGCGUCCGGUCUCCGCGUUGGGCGCGGUGGCAGUGCGAGCAGCAGGCAAAGCAAAGCGAAAGCGGCGGCCAGGAGGAAAUCCAACAUGACGUCGGCGGACCAUGCUGCAGACGAGGAAACUGAAAAUAUCCGCCCCUUCAUUGAGAAGUACCGACCGAAAUCUCUUCACGACGUCAUCUCCCACCGCGAAGUGAUCCGGAGUGUGGACAAAAUGCUGCAGAAGAAAACGUUCCCUCACAUGCUGUUUUACGGACCUCCCGGAACGGGGAAGACGUCGACGGCAUUGGUGCUGGCCCAGAAUCUGUACGGGAAAGGAAGUAACAUGUACAAAAUGCUCAACGCGUCCGAUGACCGAGGGAUUGAGGUGGUGCGGAAAAUCGUGAAAGGUAUGUAGUUUCUUUUUUGCGGAGAGAAACAGUAACAGAAUAUCUCAGCUCUGCAGGCGUGGAGUUGAAAAAUCUUCACUCGCAUAAAAUUCUUUCGUGAAAAAACCUCAUUACAAGAAUUCACCAGAUUUCUGUGGGCAAGACGCGAUCCUGGGGCGUGUGAAUGACUCUGCCGAGGAGCAGUCCUCGGAUGUCUUCGGCGGACAGCCGUCCACGCACCGUUUGCCGAAAAUGAUCAUUCUAGACGAGGCCGACAUGCUGACCAAGGGCGCGCAGCUCGCCCUGCGGCGCAUCAUGGAGGACUUCAGCAGUCAGGCCCGGUUUGUGAUCAUCUGCAACUACUUAAACAAAAUCAUCGACCCGAUCCAGAGUCGUUGUGCCAGUUUCCGGCUGAACAUGCUUACCGAGGACGAAGUCGCCGAGUGCAUUCGGCGGGUGUGCCACGCCGAGAAGUUGCGCAUUACCAGUGACGCCAUCAUCGCAAUUUCGGAGUUGGGCAAGGGGGAUUUGCGGCGGGUGUUGAACGUCUUGCAAUCGGCCUCGCGGCUGGUGGACGGCGACCGUGCGAUCGAGGAGGAGGACGUAUACGCGUUCGCCGCCGAGCCGAUUAAGGCGCACGUCCGCGAGAUUCUGGACGCGCUUUUGACGUUGCCGUACCUGGAAGCGUACGACCGCGUCUCGCGGAUCAUGGAAAAACACCACUACACGAUGCGGUCGCUGAUCGAUGUCUUGUACUGCUGAUUUGUUUAAUUCCAUUUUCUUCUCCAUUCUUGCUUGUGUAGCACUGGAAGCACUUGCUUGAUAAUUUGCAAUACUUAGCGCCACACAUCUGGAGCAGUUACAGUUUGUUGACCUACUUGCGUUUAAUAUUCCGUUUCAAAACUCCACGUGAUGUCCGAUCCCUACAGGUACAAGGAAGUUCUCAUGAUGCAAGUGCCAUUUCUCGUACGGGCUCGCAUUAUCCCUCUCCUAGCCGACAUCGAGUUGCGCGUUGGACACGGGGCCAACGACAGCCUGCAGCUCGCGGGAUUGGUGUCGGCGUUCGCCUUAGCGCGGGGCCAGGCGGAAAGGAUCUUCGAGUACAAAGAGAGACGCGGCGAGGAAGGUAUAAUUGUUGAUACUACGAACAAACUUCUGGCCCGCAGAAGUAGUAAAUUUUGAUCUGAGGAGGUUUUGUAAAGUAUGCAAAACCAUCAAAUCUGCAAUUGUGCUAUCACAGCCGAACGUUUCCAGAACAUGUCUUCGCAAGAGCGGGAAAAGAUCCUCGAAGAGGAGCUGCAGUGGCACAUGCAGGAUGCCGAGAUGCCCGCCUUUUCCCAGUCGCAGCCCGGUGCGAGUCCGCCGCCGCCGGCCCGCAGUCCCCCAGCAGCACCGUCGUCCGCUGGUCCCAAGCGCGACGACGCGCGACGCGAAGACUACGUGCGCCACAACAUCCGCAUGUCACUCGCCGAGGAGUUCGGCGUGCAGAGUAGAAGUGCGAGGAAGAAUAGCAAGGAAGAGGACAGACCGGUGCCGCAGAGCGAUCUCGCUCGGCGUAUUCUCGCAGCGAAUUCUUCGGCCGCCAGCCCGCCGCCGGCGGUGGCGAGUAGUGGGAAAAAAGAAACUGCAGCGAACAGCGUGUUCCCAGAAGAUGAGGACCAUGAGGAGGAGGAAGCGUUACUGAACGACUGGCACAGGGAAAACAGCGAUGUUCUUCCGAAUAGGAAAAUCAAGUCGGAGCAAGACUUGGAUCCGGUGACCGGUCUACCAAAACACACUCAGGAUCUGCCUGCCGCGGGCGGUAUGUCGCAAUUCUCGAUGGAGCAGCAGAUGAGCCAAACCCCGGGCGCGUUGGACGGUUUGAGUUCCGUGACGCCCGGGGCUGGAGCGGCAAGUGUGAUGCCGAACACCUCCCAGCAGGCCGGUGACGGGGGAACCACACCUGGCCAAGGCGGUAAUGUGACUCCCGCCGCUCCUGCCGGGCAAGGAGAGGAACAGACCUGCGGAGCGGACGAUUGCAUGUAGAAUGUUAUGAAUUUCAUUUCCAUUACGUUCACGUUGAGAUCAGAGCAGGUCUGACGGACCUAAGUGCGUUCAAUUUUAUGUGAAUCAUCAAUGCCGUGAGCACAAGCACUAGGUGGUGCAGGUCAAAGUCAAUCUUAAGACAGCAGAG